AUGUCAUCUGUAUUGAACAUAGACCUCUUCAAAAUAUGGGGUGAGAAAGAACAAGCAGAAUUUCUGGAAUACUGUCAGCAGUCAUUGCAAGAGUUUAAAACUACUAGCUUGGUUUUUGGUAAUGACAAAAGCAACCUAAAUUAUGUUCUAUAUGAUUUAUGUCGCCAUGCUCUUUUGGGAGAUAUAUCUGCUGAAGUGGUUGUUUCAGCCCUCAGUGAAAUAAUUCCUCUUCAUUCUGAACUGCCGUCACUUGUUGCUGAUAUAUUAGUUGUUUUGGACAAUGAAUCCCAAAGUAAUGAACAUCAUGGAAUGAGGGAACGGUAUUAUAACCUUCUUCGUUGUUGCAACAAUAAAAUAGUUCCAGAAUUUAUUUUGAAAGAACGCUUAGAUUUUGAAACAUUAGGAGAUGCAGGGAUUAUGAAAUUACUCAAAAACAUUACCACAAGAUUCAUCAAAACCAAAACUAGGCUGUUUUACAAACAACAGAAAUUCAAUUUAUUUCGAGAAGAAAUUGAAGGUUAUGCAAAACUCAUAACUGAACUGGAUCCACAAGCUGGAGGACAACUAAGUGUUGAGUAUGGCCUUGAAGUUAUGCAGUCUUUGAUUGGAUGCUUCAACCUAGAUCCCAACCGAGUCUUAGACGUUAUUUUAGAAUCUUUUGAAUACAAGCCUGAGAAUUCAGAGUAUUUUACUCAGUUAUUGCAAUCUUAUUUUAGUACAUCUGACACAAUUAGCCAAGUGAUUGGUUUCAAAUUUUCUUUUUAUCAACAAGUUGACUCAAAAGAAACACCAUCUUCUUUGUACAAAGUGACAGCUUUUCUUCUAAAAGCUGGUGUUAUGUCUCUUGGGCAGCUAUAUGGUUUGCUAAGGCCAGAUGACAGCAAAAUGAUUGAAGAGCAUAACCAAGAACUAGCCAAUGCUCGUCUCUAUGUCAAGCAGAUAAAUACAUUGUCUACCAAUUCAUCUGAAGCAAACAAAGAAAAUGGUAAAAAUGAAAAAAUGGAAGCUGAAGACAAUCAGAAGUUAGGACUCUGCGCUGCCUUAUUGGACGUAGGAGAUUGGGGACAUGCACAAAGUCUUAUGAAUAAUUUUCCUGAUUUCUAUGCUACUUCUCAUUCAAUGAUUUCUCAGAAAUUAUGCCUCCUGAUUCAUGUUUUAAUUGAUGACUUCUACAAGAAACAUAAUUUUUGUCCAUGUGUUAAGGAAGAAAGUAAAGUUUGGGAACUUGAGUCAGGUGUGAAAGUUAAAGGCAUUGAAACUUUCACUGAGCUGUUUGACUAUGUUUUCCCUAUGGUUCAUGCACUUGGUCCACAUCUUUACACUGAUCCUGUUUUAAUGGCAAAAAUUAUUCGCUUAGCAAGAUACUGUAUGGUUACAAAAUCUAAUGCACCUGAUUAUGGCAUUGCUUUCAUCUCUAACAUCAUGACUCAAGCCUUAUUACCAUCCCUUUCCCUUUUAGAAUGUAAUUGUUGCAUGGCGGAAGAACUAUGGAGUUUGUUAAAACUUUUUCCUUAUAAUAAAAGGUACACAUUUUACUAUCAUUGGAAAACCUCUGUGAAUGACUCUCAUCCUCUUCUUAUAAAAGUUAAAGCUGAAGGCUUGAAAAAGUUGAAAUAUAUCAUGAAAAGAUUGAGCAAAGAGAACGUGAAACCUUCUGGAAGACAAAUCGGUAAAUUAAGUCAUAGUAAUCCAGGAUAUAUUUUUGAUUACAUAUUAUCUCAACUUCAAGCUUGGGAUAACUUAAUAAUUCCUGUGAUUGAUUCUUUGAAAUAUUUGACAUCUCUGUCUUAUGACGUCUUGGCAUGCUGUGUAAUUGAAGCACUUGGUAAUUCUGAAAAAGAUCGCAUGAAGCAUGACGGAACAAGUAUAUCCUUAUGGUUACAAAGUUUGGCUAGUUUUGGUGGUGCAGUUUUUAAGAAGUACCCUAUAGAUAUUUCUGGUCUUUUACAACAUGUAGCCAACCAGUUGAUAUCAGGUAAAAGCCUAGAUCUGCUAAUUCUAAAAGAAGUUGUGCAGAAAAUGGCAGGCAUUGAGGCUUCAGAAGAAAUGACAGCAGAGCAGCUUGAAGCUAUGUCUGGUGGUGAACUUCUUCGCUCUGAAGGUGGAUACUUCAAUCAGUUGAGAAACGUCAAAAAGUCCUCCCAGCGUUUGAAAGAUGCUCUGCUUGAUCAAGACCUUGCUAUUCCACUAUGCUUACUUAUGGCACAACAGCGACAGUGCAUUCUAUUUCAUGAGCAAGAAAACAGUCACAUAAAACUUGUAGGGAAGCUAUAUGAUCAGUGUCAAGAUACUCUUGUUCAGUAUGGUAGUUUUCUGUCAAAUAAUCUUAGUAUGGAAGAUUAUGCCAACAGAUUACCACCUGUGUCAGUACUCUUGAGCAGCUACUCCAUCCAAGAUGAUGUUGUUUUCUAUCUUUCAAGACCUUCUCUGAAUCAUACCAUUAACUUGAAGUACGAAGAACUGAGGAAGCAAGAUAAAGACUUGAAAAAUGGUACUAGUUCUCAAAGUAUUAAAAAAUACAUUGAAGUAGUUGAUUCGGUAAUAAGCCCAAUAGUGCAGUCAAUCAAAAUCAAUCAAGAUCACAAGAAAACAUGGGAAGAGUUGAAUCCGCAGUUUUAUGUUACAUUUUGGUCUCUUAGCAUGUAUGACCUUGUUGUUCCUUCUGGGAGUUAUGAUAGAGAAGUGAGUAAGUUGAAAGUCAUCCUUCAGAAUGAAGAAAGUAAAGAUGCUGGCAAAAAGAAGAAAGAAAGAGAAAGGUGUGAUGCUUUGAUAAUGAAGCUUCUUGAAGAAGAGAAGCAACAACAGGAACAUUGUGCUCGCGUAAUGGCAAGGUUGAAAAAUGAAAAAGACGAUUGGUUUCAGUCAAAAGCUGCAAAAAAUGAGACUAUAACACAGUUCCUGCAGUUGUGUAUGUUUCCUCGCUGCAUAUUUACAUCCGUUGAUGCUUUAUACUGUGCAAAAUUUGUUCAGUUAAUACAUUGCUUAAAAACUCCUAAUUUCUCAACAUUGCUUUGUUAUGAUCGUGUGUUUUGUGAUAUAACUAAUACAGUGGCAUCUUGUACACAAAAUGAGGCAAGUCGAUAUGGUCUUUUAUUGUGUUCCAUGUUAGAAACUGUGAUGAGGUGGCAUAGUGACAAAGCUAUAUUUGAUAAAGAAUGUGCAAAUUUCCCUGGAUUCAUGACAAAAUUUAAAGUCAAUACUCAGACGGGAGAUUCUUCAGUUGAUCAUGUCGAUUAUGAAAAUUAUCGACAUGUUUGCCACAAAUGGCAUUUUAAAAUAGCUAAAGCUCUUCUUUUAUGUCUUGAUUCAGGUGAUUACGUACAAAUCCGUAAUAGUCUUUUGGUUCUAAGGAAGGUUUCUCCGCAUUUUCCUGCAAUUGUAAGCCUUGGUCUUGCUUUAGAAAGAAGAAUCGAAAAAAUAAAACUAGAAGAAAAGGAGAAGAGACCCGAUAUCUAUGUUUUAGCUACAGGAUAUUCUGGAGUCUUAAAAUCUAAAAAGCCAACUUUCAUUCAAGAAAGUGAAUUCCAUUUACCUCAACGAUCUCACUCUAAUGUCAUUACCGUUAAAACAGAGCCAAACACAAAAUCUGACAAAAAGGAAAGUGAGCCUCCAUCGUCUGAAGUACCAAAAGAAAAAGUCAUUAAAGUUGAGAUGAAAACUGAAGCCAAAGCAAAAGUUCCUUCUGAAAAACCCAAUACUCAGUCCACUACUCAGGCAUCUUCAAAAAGAACUGUACGAACUGAUGCUGAACAAAAUGGAGUUGAAAAUAACAGAGUAAAAACCUCAAGGUCAAAAGAGGAUAAAGUUGCUCCUGAAAACUUGAGUCCUCAUUCUCAUCGAAAGGCUGGGGAUGUAGUCGAUACUGAAAGAGAGCAUAAAAGACGUCGCACUGACGGUUCAUCAAGAAGCCCCCGUGAACCAGCAGAUCGUGAUGUACGUGGGACAGACAAGUCCAAAGAUGAAGAACGAAAUGGCCGCGAAAAAGCGCCUGCUGAAAUGAAAAGCCAUAAAGAAACAGAAGGACAGGGAGAAAAGUCGAAAUUGAAAGAAAAGAAACAGAAUCGUAAGAGAGAGUAUCCCGAAGAUGGGACGUCAGAACCGCGCCGUAGGAGACCUAAAUCUGAUAAAGAUGAUGAGGAAUUAGGGAGACGUAGUAUGGACAAUGAUAGAGAAGUUAAAUCUAGAAGGGAUGAUAAAUCUCCUGUCGUCUAUACCAGCAAUUCUGAGAGACGUGUGGAAAGAGAUGAGAAAAAACAUCAUCGCUCUAGUUCAGCUUCAGGUGUAAAGAAAAGGUCCUGAAAAACAUUCCAGUCCAAUAUAAACUUUAAAAUUUUGCAUUAUCAUAAAAGAAAGCAAAAAUGUCUUUAUUUCUCAUUUUGUGUAUUUUAAAUUUUCAUGUUGUAAAGGAAAUGAAAUUUCAAUUGUAAAUGAAGUUGUGUAAGAUAAUUUGCAUACAAGAGGUGCUCAAGCAUGUAAUAUUUUUGUAAAACAAAAAAUUUUGUACAAUAACAUCAGAUCAGCUGAUAAUCAUCUUGCCUAGAUAUCAUUCUUAGAAACCACGUCUGGGGAACAUUUAAUACUCGAUGUGUUUCUACAUACGUAUCAAAAAUUUUGUCAAAUUUCCCGUGCAUAUUUUAUGAAACUUCAGUUAAAGGGCAAAGGGAAACCUUGUUUCAAAGCAAAACUUUGUAAAUAUUUUAAAGAUCUAAAAUUUUUGGGAUUCACUAUAAAGACCACUGAAAACUUACUCAUCCUUUGAAUACCUUUAAAAUACUUCAAAAUCUUAAAACAUUUAUUCAAAUACAUAAUUUGUCAGUAAUUUUA